GUUAAAUUCAGUGUGAUUCAGAAGAAGUUUACAAUGAAGUUUCUUCUGUUGACACUGGUCCUGCAGGUCUCUGUUUCUGAAGCUGUUCCCUUGGCAACUUUGCAAGAAAAUGAUGUGGAAUUUGCUAAUAAAUACUUGAUAAACUUCUAUGGCCAUAAGGUGGAAGAAACCCCAAUGAUAAAAAUGAAAGUCAAGAGCAACCUCAUAGAGGAAAAACUCCAGGAGAUGCAGCAGUUCUUUGGGCUAAAUAUAACUGGGCAACUGGAUGCGUCUACUCUGCAGAUGAUGCACACCCCUCGAUGUGGGGUGCCUGAUGUUCAACAGUUCAGUACAUUUCCAAGAAGGCCAGUAUGGAGGACGCAUUCUAUCACCUACAGAAUCAAUAAUUAUACUCCUGACAUGAAGCAAAAGGACGUGGACUACGCCAUUCAGAAAGCAUUUCAAGUAUGGAGUAAUGUGACACCCCUGAAAUUCAGAAAGAUUGAUGCGGGCGAAGCUGACAUUAUGAUACUUUUUGCAUAUGGAGCUCAUGGAGACUACAGUGCUUUUGAUGGCAGAGGUGGCAUCAUAGCCCAUGCUUUUGGACCUGGAUCUGGUAUUCAAGGAGAUGCACAUUUUGAUGAGGCUGAAAUGUGGACGAUAAACUCCAGAGGCACAAACUUGUUCCUCGUUGCUGUUCAUGAGUUCGGUCACUCCUUGGGCCUUGGACAUUCCAAUGAUCCAAAAGCCAUAAUGUUCCCUACCUACCGUUACAUUGAUCCCAGCACAUUUCGCCUCUCUGCUGAUGACAUACGUGGUAUCCAGUCCCUUUAUGGAGGCCCAGGAAAGCCCCAACCCGCACCAGGUCCUGAGAGUCCUGACUCAACUAUCUGCGACCCUAAUUUGAGUUUUGAUGCUGUCACUACUGUGAGAGAUAAACUGUUUUUCUUUAAAAACAGGUCCUUCUGGUGGAAGUAUUCUGAGAGAGCAAAGACCAAGAUUACUUUAAUUUCUUCCUUCUGGCCAACUUUGCCAUCUAACAUUCAAGCUGCUUAUGAAAUUGGAGACAGAAAUCAAGUGUUUCUUUUUAAAGAUGACAAGUACUGGUUAAUUAGCAAUUUAAGACCACAGCCUAACUAUCCCAAAAGCAUACAUUCUCUGGGCUUCCCUGACUCUGUGAAAAAAAUCGAUGCAGCUGUUUAUAACCCACUUAUCUCUAAGACCUACUUCUUUGUAGAUGACCAGUACUGGAGGUAUGACGAGAGGAGAAGAUCCAUGGACCCCACUUAUCCGAAACUGAUUAGCAAGAACUUCCAAGGAAUUGGGCCUAAAAUUGAUGCAGCCUUCUAUUUUAAAAGACACUACUAUUUCUUCCAAGGAGCUACUCAGUUUGAAUAUGAUGUUGUACACCAUCGUGUCACCAAAAGGCUGAAAAGCAAUAGCUGGUUUGGUUGUUAAAAAUGGCAUAUUGAUGGUGUUUGUCUAUUCACUUUGGUUUAAUAAGUAUUUAUUGCCCAUGUGCUCAGUGUAUCACUACAUAUAUCUAUCUUAAAAUUAAGUAAUAUCUAUAGGCCAUAAAUAAAUAAUUAUAAAGAUAACUGAC